UUUUUCUAGUCUUUGCUCAACUGGUGUUGCAACUCCAAUCCAUAGAAUCAAAGAAAGAUCACUUUUUUUAAUCGAUUUAUUGUUUGGGAGAGCAAUCGAGAAUAGUUUUGAAUUGGGAUCUGCAUUUUCUUGAAUUCUAGUGAGAGCGAUGGAAGAGGGAGACGAUGGGAGGGGGGAUCUGAGGAAACCAUUCCUGCAUACAGGGAGUUGGUAUCGGAUGGGUUCGAGGCAAUCAAGUAUGAUGGGAUCUUCUCAAGCAAUCAGGGAUAGCUCUAUCUCUGUUUUGGCUUGCGUUUUGAUUGUGGCUUUGGGUCCUAUCCAGUUUGGUUUCACUUGUGGUUACUCUUCGCCAACUCAGUCUGCUCUCACCAAAGAUCUCAACCUCACAGUCUCGCAGUUCUCCCUAUUUGGUUCGUUGUCCAAUGUGGGAGCCAUGGUUGGGGCAGUUGCUAGUGGUCAGAUUUCUGAGUACAUAGGACGAAAGGGGUCUUUGAUGAUUGCUGCCAUACCUAACAUCAUUGGUUGGCUUUGUAUCUCAUUCGCUAAAGACUACUCAUUUCUUUACAUGGGAAGACUGUUAGAAGGAUUUGGUGUGGGCAUCAUCUCUUACACGGUCCCAGUAUACAUAGCUGAGAUAGCACCCCAGAAUCUUAGAGGAGCUCUGGGCUCAGUGAACCAGCUGUCUGUGACGAUUGGAAUCCUGCUAUCAUAUCUACUGGGACUAUUUGUUGAAUGGAGAUUUCUUGCAGUUCUUGGCAUACUGCCAUGUCUGAUACUGAUACCUGGACUCUUCUUCAUCCCCGAAUCUCCUCGGUGGUUGGCUAAAAUGGGAAUGACGGAUGAUUUUGAAGCGUCCCUGCAAGUACUUCGGGGAUUUGACACUGAUAUUUCUGUUGAAGUACAUGAAAUCAAGGGAUCUGUAGCAUCAUCAAGCCGAAGAAAUGCGUUACGCUUUCAAGAUCUCAAAUCAAGAAGAUACUGGUUACCCCUUAUGAUAGGAAUUGGACUACUUGUUUUCCAACAGCUAUCUGGAAUUAAUGGUGUCAUCUUUUAUUCCAAUAACAUAUUUGAAUCUGCAGGGAUCUCUUCGAGCAAUGCUGCAACUGUAGGUGUCGGGGUUAUUCAGGUUAUUGCUACUGCAGUGGCUACAUGGUUGGUGGACAAAACUGGGCGUCGGAUUCUUUUAUUAGUAUCGUCAUCCGGCAUGGCAGUUAGUCUUGUAGUGGUUGCUGUAUCAUUCUACUUAAAGGGAUCUGUUUCCGAGGACUCUACAUUGUUUGGAAUCCUGGGAAUCCUGUCAGUAGUUGGGGUAGUGUGCUUGAUCAUUUCUUUCUCACUUGGAAUGGGACCUAUUCCAUGGCUCAUAAUGUCCGAGAUUCUUCCAAUAAAAAUCAAAGGCCUAGCUGGAAGUGUUGCAACUUUGUUCAACUGGUCUUUCUCGUGGCUGAUUACAAUGACUGCACCAAUGCUACUAACUUGGAGCAGUGGAGGAACUUUCACUAUGUAUGGCAUGAUGUGCAUAUUCACUGUCGCGUUUGUGGCAAUUUGGGUUCCGGAAACGAAGGGGAAGACAUUAGAGGAAAUCCAGAACUCCUUCAGAUGAUCAGAAUUGUUUACUCAAUUUUUUAUUUUAUUUUUUAUUUAUGUGAUAUAUACUCAUUUGUAUCAUUGUAUGGGAAGUGCAAGAGAAUAGAUGUGUGCCACAUUAUUCCUUUUCUGCAAGGAGGUGUUUUGCUUUAUGAAUUGUAUAUUUGACAUAUGUGUGAACAUUUUCGUCAAUAAACUCCGGGUUACACUUUUCAA